CACACAACUUUUUCUCUAUUUUCUCAUUUUCCCCCAUAUUUUUUAUUAUUUUCCUCUGAAAUCGGACCCUUUUUCUUCUCUCAAAAUCCCUAUUCUCUCUCUCUCUCUCUCUCUCUCAAAAAUAUCUCUUUUUCUUCUCUCUCUGAAGCUAUUCAUCCAAAAUGGCCAACGCAGCGUCAGGAAUGGCCGUGGAUGACGACUGCAAGCUGAAGUUCUUGGAGCUGAAGGCCAAAAGAACUCACCGUUUCAUCGUCUUCAAGAUCGAUGAGAAGCUGAAGCAGGUCGUCGUGGAGAAGCUUGGCGAGCCUACGAUGAGCUACGAGGAUUUCACCGCCAGCCUUCCUGCCGACGAAUGCCGAUACGCGAUUUACGACUUUGAUUUCGUCACCGAGGAGAACUGCCAGAAGAGCAAGAUCUUCUUCAUUGCGUGGUCUCCUGACAUUGCAAGGGUGAGAAGUAAGAUGCUUUAUGCAAGCUCGAAGGACAGGUUCAAGAGGGAGUUGGAUGGCAUUCAGGUGGAGUUGCAGGCAACUGAUCCUACGGAGAUGGACAUUGAUGUUAUUCGAGGCCGUGCAAACUGAGUUUGUCUCUGAUUGCACUCUUUAGUGAUAUUUGUAGUUCCAUGGGUCGUGAUGACUUUACUAAAUGUCACAUAGCUUGUGGUUUCAAGUCAUGUUACUUACGAUAUAUCCUUAACCCUGACGUUUUGUUGUUUACCUAUGUGAUGAACCAUGAAUAUCUACUUGUAUCCUGACAUCUACAAGCUGAUGUUGCUGUGAUUUGAAGUGUGUGGUUGUCUUUGCUCUCAAAUGUUGUGUUCCACUUUCCACUGUAAGAACUAUGAAGUGUGCAUGUACAGUCGCACGAAUGCUUAUUUUAACAACAGAUUCAAGCACGCCUUGUAGAA